ACCCCCUUCAAUAAAACCCUACCCUCCCUACAAGCAAGACUUACCCUCACACAACUCCAUCCCUUCAACAAUAACGAUGCUGGCCUCCUCAGACGACAGCCGGCAUCAGCCCUCCGCCGCCGUCCGCCACCACUACCGCAACCCCCACUCCCUCGAUUACAACAUCUGGGCGGAGAUGCUUAUCAAAUCUAACCACAACAGCUUCGGCCGACACGAUUCCGAGCAGAACUUUGGUCCCUGGGCUCGCAGACCGCUCUCCCAGCUCACUAACGCAGCCACCGCCGCCGCCGACGAUGAUGAACUGAAAUACCCUCCUCCGGCGAAGGCGAACUCCAGGGCACAGAUGAUCGAGAAGUACCGACAGGAGAUGAUGGAAUUGGUACGGAACAUGCCGGAAGAGGAAGGUGAAGAAGUGGGUGCGUAUGAGCUAUCACUGAGGGAUAUCGUGGAACGUCCGGCGACGAGGAAGCCGGAGGUGGAUGCGACGGAGGGUGGUGAGGAUGUGAAUAGGAAUCAGAGUGCGGUUUCGAGAGGGGAGAAGAAGAGUGAGACAGGGUCGAUUAUGAAGGCGUUCGUGCCUAGGGUUAGGGCUGCGCUGGCUGGUCGGAAGAGGAUCACCGGAGCCGGCGGUGGGAAAGGGGCGAAGGUCUCGCCGAAGCCGAGCAACAGUGAUAGUGAGGAUCGGAGUUGCAGCAGCGAAAGCUGUAAUAGCAGCGGGAGAAGAAACAGAGGGGGAUUGGGUUCAUGCUAUGUAUUCUUGCACAAAAAAAAGGAGCAAAUCCAUGGAGAUAUAAACUGAAGUGUUAUAUUUAGAGUCUCUGCUUAUGUUUUUUUGAAUUUGUUCAGCUGAGCUUUUCAAGUGGAUGCUUGGAUUGAGAUUCAGU